AUGAAGCUUUUAUCCUGGAAUGUGAGAGAGAUAGGCAAGCCUGAGAAGAGGGGAAGAAUCAAAAGGCUACUAAAAGAUAGGCACAUUGAUAUUGUAUUCCUUCAAGAAACAAAGAAGUUGGUAGUAUCAGACAAUUUAGCUAGAGGGCUUUGGGGUCAAAGGAAAAUGGAGUUUCUGUCUGUGGAUCCAGAAGGUACUGCAGGAGGGCUUUUAUGUAUGUGGGACCCAGAUGUUUUCCAAUUAUCUGGCAGCUACUGCAACAGGAGGUUUAUCCUACUUUCUGGUACAUUAUAUAACUCCUUUCAUUGUGUCCUACUUAAUGUUUAUGCUCCUAAUGAUGUCAGUAGUAGAUCCUCUUUUUGGAACACUUUACUCAAUCUUAAGGUCUACUUUUCCAACCCUUGGUGCAUGGGGGGUGAAUUUAAUGAAAUAAGACAUAUGGGUGAGAGAGUAAGUUGCUCCAGAAGAGACAGAGGCAUGCAACAGCUCAAUGAAUUCAUAGAUUCUGCAGAAUUAAAUCACCUUCCUCUUCUUGGUAGGAAAUAUACUUGGUGCAAUACUCAAGAAUCUCAGAAUUGGAGCAGAAUUGACAGGGUGUUGUUGAGCCUUGAGUGGUUAAUUCACUUCAAACUAAAACUCUGGGGGCUGCCUCGUCUUAUAUCUAAUCAUUGUCCCCUCUUAAUGAUGGAAGAUGAAAGAGAUUGGGGCCCCAAACCUUUCAGGUUUAUCAAUGGGUGGACUUUGCAUCCCAAAUUUGCAUAA